UCCUCUCAGCUCAGAAGAUUCAGCUUCAUAAGCUUUAAUGCGCGCGCUGCUCCCACACCCCCCAACAGUCCUCCACAAUGCUUCCUCAGUGCGGAACCCCGUCCCUCCUCUUCCUCCCCCUCUUCAUCCUCUUCAUCCUCUCCGCCGCGACCGGAGCCGAGCCGCGAGCCCGCUGCCCGUCCUCGUGUGAUGUGAGCUCGUGUCCGAGCCCCAGCUGCCCGGCGGGCUACGUGCCGGACCGCUGCGGCUGCUGCCUGGUGUGCGCGCUGGGCGAGGGCGCGCCGUGCGGGGGCGCGCAGCAGCGGGCCUGCGGGGACGGGCUGCGGUGCGGCGGAGGCUCGGGGGGGAAGCGGCUGUGUCAGUGUAAGCUCCGGUACAGAGUGUGCGGCAGCGACCGCAGGACCUACAGCACCCCGUGCGCACUGCGCGCGGCCAGCCGAAGAGCGCAACUCCGGGGACAGCGCGCCUUGACGCAGGCGCACAAAGGCCCGUGCGCACCGGCAAAGAACAAGUCAGAUUCCCCACACUUCAACAGCCCCAGGUACAAGUUUAACUUCAUCGCUGAUGUGGUGGAGAAGAUCGCCCCUGCCGUGGUCCAUAUCGAGCUGUUCGUCAGUCAUCCUGUGUUUGGCCGUCGUGUGCCGUUGUCCAGCGGUUCAGGGUUCAUCAUGACAGAUUCUGGUCUGAUUGUGACCAAUGCUCACGUGGUGACCAGCAGUGCUACAGUGGCCGGCCGUCAGCAGCUGCGCGUGCAGCUCCACGAUGGUCAAACCUUCGAGGCCACCAUCAGAGACAUCGACAAGAAGUCUGACAUCGCCACCAUUAAAGUCAACACAAAGAAAAAGCUGCCGGUGCUGGCUAUGGGUCGUUCGGCUGACCUGCGCCCGGGCGAGUUUGUGGUCGCCAUCGGCAGCCCGUUCGCUCUGCAGAACACUGUGACCACAGGCAUCGUCAGCACGGCACAGAGAGAUGGGAAGGAGCUUGGCAUCCAGGACUCAGACAUGGACUACAUCCAGACAGACGCCAUCAUUAAUUAUGGAAACUCAGGUGGUCCACUCGUUAACCUUGAUGGAGAGGUGAUUGGGAUAAACACACUGAAAGUAACUGCUGGGAUCUCCUUUGCUAUUCCAUCAGACCGCAUUAACAGAUUUCUGGACGAGUUUAAUGAAAAACAUAACAAAGUUAAACACAGAGUAGUCAGGACGCAGUACAUGCAGUCUCACCCUGUGGUAACUGACUCAGAUGCGACAGUUCAGACGAAAAGGUACAUCGGGAUCAGAAUGAUGACUCUUACAGAGGACCUGGUUGAAGAGCUAAAGCAGCACAAUCCAGAUUUUCCAGAUAUCAGCAGUGGAAUUCUUGUUUAUGAUGUUAUUCAGGAUUCUCCAGCACAACAAGGUGGGCUUGAAACUGGUGAUAUCAUUGUGAAGCUAAAUGGCCAUCCAAUCUUCAGCACUGAUGAUUUACAGCUGGCAAUUCAAGAGGACACGCCCCUUCUUUUGGAAGUUCAUCGUGGCAAUGAUGAUCUACUGUUUAACAUUGAACCGCACAUCCUCAUGCAGUAGAAACAGGAGUUUGAAGCAGGUUCUGUUGAAGCACUGCAAUGGACUUUGAGGACUAUAGUUUAAAUGAACUUUUUUUAAAUAUAGAGCUUCAUAAUGGAGAUGGAGUGGAGCUUCUGCAGUCAGCAGUAAACAGUACUGAACCAUGUACCAUGAAGUGCAGUUAGGGGACACCAUCAACCAGUGGACAGAUCAGCACUUUGUAAGCGAUGACUACUGAAGAUCAAGUGUUUCUGAAUGCAACUGAAUCCUCAGAAUGACAGUGUUAGCAGUGCUGCUCUUGGACAUAUUUUAAUAUGGUUGAAUAAUACUGUCUGUCACUGGAGGUAAUAGCCUGCAUUUAGAUUCAAUGGGCCUUAUUCUUCAAAAGUUCUUAACCCUAUACACUACAAUGUUUUCCCCUUAUAACUGUGGUAUUCUUAUAAUUAACACCAGCUUAAUAGACCCUAAGAUAGAACCAUAUGGGACAACGCAAAAUAUACUAAACCAAUUAAUUCAUAGCAGUUAAUGCAUUAUGAUUCAUAACAGAAUUAUAAAUGUAGGAUUCAAAUCUUUGAUCAUAUGCAAGAUACUUAUAUUCACUAGUGUUUUUUAAUUUGGGAUUUUUUCAUAUUACACAGAUAAUCGGAUCCAUCAUUAUAAGGUCUGAGUUGCAAAAAAAUUCACUCUCAGCCUCUGUCUUAGUUAAAAAUCAUUGCUUCUAGAGUGACAAAAAAAUGUAUAUAUUGGCUAUUGGCUGCCGUUUAGAUAAGUGGCCUCUAUAGUAGAAAAAUGAGAAAAGGUCCCCUACUGUGUGCCCUUUACAUAGCUAAUGUUUCUUUAAGAAUUGUAAAAAAUAGACAAAGUGCCCUAGAUUUUGCCCUUUACAUAGCUGAAAUGCCCUCUAGAGAAGCAAAAUAAACAAAGUCCUAUUUUUUGCCCUUUACAUAGCUAAAGUUCCCUCUACAGUGGGAAAAAUGAGACAAAGUGCCAGUUGGUUGCCCUGAGCUAAAGUUUCUUUAAGAAUCGCAAAAAAUAAACAUAAUGCCUUUCACAUAUAUAAAGUGCCCUCUAGAGUGGCAAAAUGGACAAAUUAGCCUAUUUUCUGCCCCUCACAUAUCUAAUGUGACCUCUAGAGUGGCAAAAUAGACAAAGUACCAUAUUGGCUGCCCUUCACAUAGAUAAAGUUCCAUCUUCAAUGGAGAAAAUGAGACAAAUUGCCUUAUUUUAUGCUCUUCACAUAGCUAAAGUGCCCUCUAGAGGGGCAAAAUAGACAAAGUACCAUAUUGGCUGCCCUUCACAUAGAUAAAGUUCCAUCUUCAAUGGAGAAAAUGAGACAAAGUGCCUAAUAUUAUGCCCUUUACAUAGCUAAAGUGUUAUCUAGAGUGGCACAAUAGACAAAGUACCAUAUUGUGUGUCCUUUACAUAGCUAAGAUGUCCUCUACAGUGGAAAAAAUGAGACAAAGUGUCAAGUGGUUGCCUAACCUGUAGGGUGCCCUUUCUUGCAAAAAAUACGAUCAUGUGCCCCCAUAUGGCUGAGAACAUUAAGCCAGUAGUAAAAGUAGUGUCCAGUAGUGAAAAUAAAGUACCCAGUUAGGUGCUCCCUCUAAUGGAUAAGUGCCCAACCAGUGGAAUAAACAGUAUGUUGCAGUGCUGUACAGGGUGUUUCUUGAUUAGUGAGAAUGUAGAGAAAAUGUCCUAUUAGUUUUAUUGGUUCCUCUUUCAAUGACAUACACUUGCCAUUCCCUCAAGGUAUUUUCUGAUUAAAUUAAGUGUGAGGUGCCCUCUUAGAUGCCCUUCCAUUUGAGAAAACAUGAUGCAGUGCCUUUGUAAUGCCCAUUUUGGGACAGGCUUUCCAAACAUGGGUGCAGAGUGUAAGAGAAAGGGUAAUAGUUUAAUUGGUGUUUGUUAAAUUCUUUUUUUUCAAGGUGUAUAGUUACAAUAAUUUAUCACACAUGAUGAAUAUCAUAGGUUUUUGUAGGUAGGGCCCUGUGUUAUGCACUAAGUGCCUUUUUUCAUUUUCAUGCCCCGCCUGAGUGAUUCAGUCCCAUUUAACCCACAUUUAACACUAACAUCUACAUGAAAAGACUGAACCUCUACAAUAGAGAAACAAAGUGCCAUAUUUUUUGCCCUUCACAUUCUGGAGUGGCAAAAAUGUAACAAAGUAAGAAAAAUGCUAUACAUUAUGAUAAUGUGCCCUCUAAAUGUUCAAAAUGUUUAAAAAUAAUAUGUUAAUAAUUGCUCUUAUAUGGUUGCACAGAUUAAGCCAGUAAUGAACCAUAUCUAAAUAUGUAACAUAUUUUUAACUGAGCAGAUUCUGAUUUGCUGGGAUCAGUUCUUGGCACAUGCUACAGAUUUAUGGUAGACCUCAAUAAUCUAUAAAAGAGUGCUUCAUCUUUCAUGUUUUGUUGUUUAUAUACUCACACAUAUCUGACUAUUAGGGCUAAAAACUAAUGCUUAUUUUGGUACGAUUAUUUUUCAGGUUAAACAAUUAAUCAACCAUUAUCUCAGUGUCUGUUCCUUUAAAACAGCCAAAUGUAAAAUUUAAAUGCCAUUAAAAAAGUCCAAAUACAUUUAAAGGUGAGAUGUUCUGAUGUUUGGUGAAUAAAUAUAUAAUCUGUGGUGUUUUUCACUUUUGGUGACCAAGUUGAGAGUAAACUGAAUGAGAUAAAAGCUCAUUUGUUAAUGCAAUGUACAUUGCAUGAACAAAUGCAAUAAACGAUUAAUCUAUAGUGAAAUUUGAAGUUUAUAAACAACAUUAUAGUCGAUUAUGCUGCAUAAUCAUUGCAGCUCUAUUUCCUAGCGGUUUAGGGAUGCACCGUUUGUCACAAAAUAUGAAUUUAAUAAAUGCACAAUUAAUACAACUUGAAACAGUGCUGUACUGUAUAGAACUGUAUAAAUGUAUAAUAAACUUUGCAAACUCUGCA